CCCUCAUAAAACCCUAAUUCCCCCUCCUCUUCUCCCCCUUUACCGAAUCAUCAAAAAUCAUGGCCACUCCCGAAACUUCACGAGAACCCUGCCCAGAUCGAAUCUUAGAUGACUUCGGCGGCGCUUUCGGCAUGGGUGCGGUGGGCGGUUCAGCCUACCACUUCUGUAGAGGCAUAUACAACGCUCCAAAAGGCGAACGUUUCAUUCAAGGCGUACACGGUAUGCGUAUGAACGGGCCACGUGUCGGCGGAAGUUUCGCCGUAUGGGGUGGUCUGUUUUCAGCCUUUGAUUGCACAAUGAUUUAUGUCAGACAAAAAGAAGAUCCAUGGAAUUCAAUCUUUUCUGGUGCUGCAACUGGUGGGUUUCUUGCGAUGCGUCAGGGUUUUAAACCGGCAGCCCGGUCUGCGGCUUUUGGUGGGGUUUUGUUGGCUUUGAUUGAAGGUGCUGGAAUUACGUUGAAUAAGUUUUUUAGUGCUCCACAACCUAAUCUUGUUAUGAUGGAAGAUGGGCAGGGUCAAGAUCAGGAAAUGCCGAACGAUGGUUCGUCGCUUUCUUCGUGGUUUGGUGGUUUGUUUGAAGGGAAGAAAGAGGUACCUGAAGCGGGUGGUGUGAAGACUGAGGUUUUGGAGAGUUUUGAUUCGCCUAUUCCUCCCGCUUUUGAGUUCAAGUGAGAUAUUGAAAUAUUUUUUGUUUCUUAACAAUUAUUUUGGAUAAUUUAUGCGUUUUUUUUUUUUUUUUUGAUAAUCAUGGGUGUACUACUCGUGAGCAAACUAAUUUCAAGAGCUGGCUCUUGAUGCUUGUUAGUUAGAUUAUUACUAAUGUAGUUGAAAUAAGGCUGUGGUUCUUGUCCUUUGAAGUAUUUUCUGAUGAACUUUAUAUUUAAUAUUGUUGUGAAUAUAUGUCAUGAUUCGUUGUGCUUUAUCCAA